GCCUCGGCCACUUGCUGUGAGGACAGCUCCCGGCCACAUCGGAGCCAGCCCCCCGCCCCCGGCUAUGGCAGCCAGCCUGAGCCUGAGCUUCCUGCUCCUGCUUUCCCUCCCCAUGGACCCAGGCGUGCUCGCCAAGGACUUGAGGUCUGUGGCAUUGGUGUUUCGACAUGGAGAUCGAAGUCCCAUUGAAACGUUUCCUAAUGAUCCACAUAAGGAAUCCUCAUGGCCACAAGGAUUUGGCCAACUCACACAGCUGGGCAUGAAGCAACACUUUGAACUUGGAAUGUAUUUGAAGAAACGAUAUGCAAAUUUCUUGAAUGAAUCCUACAAACACGACCAGGUUUAUGUCCGAAGCACAGAUAUUGACCGAACGUUGAUGAGCGCAAUGACAAACCUGGCAGCCCUGUUUCCUCCCCUGGGCAUCAGCAUCUGGAACCCCAAGCUGCCCUGGCAACCCAUCCCAGUGCACACAGUGCCCGUCUCUGAAGACCAGUUGCUCUACCUGCCCUUCAUGAACUGCCCUCGUUUUCAAGAACUUAAGAGUGAGACUUUGAAAUCCGUGGAAUUUCAGGAGAGGCUGCAACCAUAUAAGGAUUUUAUAGAAACUUUGCCAGCACUUUCGGGAUUGACAGGCCAGGAUUUUUUUGAAAUUUGGAGUAAGAUCUAUGACCCAUUAUAUUGUGAGGGUAUUCACAAUUUCACUUUACCCUCCUGGGCCACCAAGGAUGCCAUGAAUAAGCUAAGAGAAAUAUCAGAAUUAACCUUGCUGUCCUUUUAUGGAAUUCACAAACAGAAAGAAAAAUCGAGACUCCAAGGGGGCGUCCUGGUCAAGGAGCUCCUGAGUCACAUGGAGACCGCAGCGCAGGCCCGGAGCCCCAGGAAGCUGGUCAUGUUCUCCGCGCAUGACACUACCGUGGGUGGCCUACAGAUGGCGCUAGAUGUCUACAACGGACUCCUGCCUCCGUAUGCUUCUUGUCACAUCAUAGAAUUGUACCAGGAGGAUGGGGAGUACUCUGUGGAGAUGUACUAUCGGAAUGAGACCCAGCACGAGCCAUACCCACUCACGCUGCCAGGAUGCACCCACAGCUGUCCUCUGGAGAAGUUUGCCCAACUGCUUGCCCCUGUGAUCCCUCAAGACUGGUCCAAGGAGUGUAUGACCACAAGCAAUCACCAAGUUCUAAGGGUCAUCCUGGCCGUCACCUUUUGCCUGGUAUCCGGAGUCCUGGUGGCAUUGCUGUUCGUCCUUAUCCGCCAUGGGCCUUGCUGGCAGAGAGACGCCUACAACAACAUCUGAACCCACGGGACACGCGGCCCUCGCAGGACAGAUUUCUGCCUCGUGCCCAUGCCCAUGCCCUCGCCUGCACCCUUCCUCUGCAGAGCCACCCCGAAGCAGCCACUGCGGGGAGCUGCUGGGCUGGCAGGUGUCCUGGGUCUCUUCCUGGCUGAGGGUGGUCUGGGGCUGCUAAGACAGGUCCUGCAGCCGAGGGCAGAGAGAGCCGCAGAGCAACCCCAAGCCAAACUCCAGCCCGCCUGGGUGCCCGCAAAGAGCCAAGUUGGCAAGGGGGUGGAACAAAGACGUACAUUAGACCACUCUGGAUGGUGGGAAACGGUUGUUUGCAAGUACAAGGCAAGUCUCAAAGACAGGCCCGGUGAGGAAUGAUGAGCCCUUCCUUUAGUUAUUUGGUUGCACCAUUGCGCGCACACACACACACACACACACACACACACACACACACACACACAGGAAGCAAUUCUUAACAGGACUUAACAUGUGCAUCUAAAAUAAGAGGUAUUUAAUUCUCAGAAACUAAUACCAGCCAUUUUAAGGUGCAGCUAAGGUCAUUUUCUCACAAUUCUCAUAUUUAAGAAAAACUUGAAAAUCUAUGAGUUUUAAGUUCCUUUUUUUUUCUAACCUCUACUAUCAGAACUUGAUUUUUAAAAAUUAUUUUUUCAUUUAUUUAUUUGCAAGCGGAGAGAUAGAAAAGGGACAUAGAGAAUGGGCAUGGCAAGGCCUCCAGACACGUGCACCGCUUGGUGCAUCUGGCUUUAUGUGGGUACUGGAGAGUUGAACCUUGGUUCUUUGGCUUCAUAGGCAAGUGCCUUAACCACUGAGUCAUCUCUUCCAGCCCCAGAGCUUAAUUUUUAUACAGUGUGUAUUAUCUAAUUUCACUUUAAAAUUAUAUCUAACAUUCAUAAGGACUUUUCAUGAAUGAAAAAAUAUUUUUUUUUUCCAAGGUAGGAUUUCGCUCUAGCCCAGGCUGACCUGGAAUUCACUAUGUAGUCUCAGGGUGGUCUUGAACUCACGACAGUCCUCCUACCUCUGCCUCCCAAGUGCUGGGAUUAAAGCGUGCACCACUACGCCCAACUAAAUAAUGUGUUUUCAUUGCCACAAAUAUAUCGAAUUAUUUAUUUACUUAUAUUUUUGCUGCAGGGCCUCAUGUAUGUUAGGAUAGUCAGUCCUCUACCAUGGAGCUGCACCCUCAGCACUACCUGAAUUUUAUUUGUGGGGAGAUAGAAAGAAAAGUGGACCGAGGGUGGAAGCCCCAUGCUCAAUUCUGUUCUGGCUUGGGCCAAAAACUUGAAACAAGUGCUUUUAUAUUUUCCAUCUUGAUUUCUUAAUUCUAUAAUGGAAGACUCCAGGUAGAGAGAUGGCUCCCGCAGUUAAAUGUACUUGUUUAGCAAAGCCUGCUGGUCUGGGUUUUAUUUCUCAAUACCUACAUAAAGCAGAUGCAAAAAGGGGCACAGCG